CAGCAUUCGCAACUCACCUGAGAACAGUACCUUUUCCAUGACCGCUAUCGACAUUCAGACUUAAGUUGAUGCCCCGCAUAUGGUCUGAAACUCGACGUUGGUUCUUCCUCGAAAAGUAAUCAAUGUUGUCAUUUUGACGAAAGACACCCUAGUCUUGGAUGGUGCCUUCCAGACUUGAACACUGGUAGCCGCUGCUUCUACCACCUACAGGACAAAGCCGCUAUUGACAUCUUAUAAGUACGAGCAUGACCUCGAAGCUUUGACACAAUUUGCUCAAGAUACCAAUAUUGGCUCUAGACGCUUCCCGACUAGCAGCAGAAAUGUCAUCCCAGUCAUCGCUCCCGCAAAGACCGUCGUCUCGCCUCUCAGCCGCACAGGUAGACCAAUCCGCAGUACGAAAUGAUACCUCAACGCCGGAGGAGGCGAAUUCGAACGAUGAAGAGGCUGAAGGCGACUUGCCGAUGAGUAUGACCGCAAGUGUCAUCUUGACCAAUCUGCCGAAAGACGCGAGCGAAGCAUUAAGCCUUGUGGACGAGCUCGAUAAUUUCAAAGUAUCGGUGCGCUUCCAACCAAUCGGAUCAGCGCCAAUCUUAAAGCAGAAGGUCUUUAAGAUUAGUGCAUCAUCACGAUUCAGCGUGGUGUUGAACUUCUUACGCAAAAAGGUCGGGACCAAGGAUGGUGAUGGGCUGUUUCUGUAUGUCAACAACGUGUUUGCUCCUGGGCUAGAUGAGGGAGUCGGCAAUUUAUACAGGUGUUUCAAAGUCGACGACCAAUUGAUUGUGAGCUAUGCUACAACGCCCGCUUUUGGUUGAGACUACACCGCAUCCUGUGAUGGACGACUCCCUGCAAAUGCAUCUAGCAAUGCAUAACACACGCUAAGGAACGCUAUGACUGAGUUGAUUGAAUGGCCGCUCGGAACGCUUCCGUCACUUUCGCAUCGCUCUUGUACACAUGCUGGGGCCCAGGGUAUGAGCGAUCAGACACUUCAUCCUUGUAUUGUUUGAUGGCAGCCAGACCGCUCUCCCACAUGGAGCCAUACUUUUUAACAAAUUUUGGCAUAAAAGCGUCAGGGGGUCGAAUGCCAAUCAUGUCGAUUUGCACCAAGACCUGACCACUGGUCUUGUUGCCAGCACCGAUGCCAAUGGUGGGGAUCUUCAGAGCGUUGGUGACUUCCUCAGCAAUCUCAGAGGGGACGCAUUCGAGGACGACAGCAAAAGCACCAGCAUCUUCCACAGCCUUGGCGUCCCUGAGUAGAGCCAUGGCUUUGUCCAGAGUGUUGCCUUGAACCUUGAAACCGCCCAAAGCAUGCUGCCUUUGUGGGGUGAGGCCGAUAUGUGCAACGAGGGGUAUUCCUGCGGUGGUGAUCUUCUUGAUGGCGGGGGCCAUCUCAGCGCCUCCUUCGAGCUUGACGCUCUGCAUGCGACCCUCUUUUACCAUACGAAUGGCGCUAGUAAGAGCCUGUUCGGGAGAUAUCUCGUAGGAACCCAUAGGGAGGUCACCGACGGUGAAGGACCGGUUGACGGCUCUGCUCACAGCCCGUGCGGACAUGAUCAUCUCGUCGAGUGUCACCUCGGAGGUAUCUGGCAUACCAAGAGAGACCAUGGCGAGCGAGUCACCAACCAAAAUCAUGUCCAUGCCCGCUUCUUGAGCGAUCAGAGCUGAGGGGAAAUUAUGGGCGGUCAACAUGGUGAUUGGGGACUUUUCUUGGUGCAUUUUCUGCAGGGUCUGAAUGGUGGUAGGCUUUUGGCCACGGGCGGCAAGGGACGGCGACGAGGGAGCAUGUGAGCUGAACCUUGUCUGUUGCCGUUGUGAACGUGGUAAUGAGGCUGUGAGGGAGGUAGUGAUGGGGGAGGAUCGGUGUAAACAUGAUCGUGUGAGGGAGGGUAUCCGCGUGACGCAGGACGAAUGUGCCAUCUUGUUAGCCCGGACUGUUGUGAGAUUUGGAGGAAAGGGAAGGUCGAGGAGAAAGGAAAUUGGAUUUGAGAAGUCUGUGAGGCAUGUCUCUUUGUUAUUUGGGCGAUCAGACGAAGUUUUUAAAUAUCGUCGUGCUGUAUUGUAUAUGCGUAGAUCUGAGAUACAAGAUGGAGAAGCCGGGGUGCGGUAAGUAGAAUGCAGUGCAGGUCAGAUCACACCCCAG